AGUCAUAAUAAUUUCGAUCGUUAAGACGUGAAGAGAAGGAGGUCCCUAGUCGCGCACUGGCAGCAGUUGCAUGCAAGGAGAAUUUAAGGGGGAAAAAAGGAAGAGAGAGUCACCGGGAAAUUUCUCAUCAACAUUUGUAUCAUUGUGUCCUCACGAGACGGUACCAAACAUAAGCCCUUCACUCACACAUGUCAUCAUCAGCCACGUCCGGGACUGAAAAAAGGGGUCUCACUCGUACUGCGGCAUACAACUUCAUUCCCCUGUAGAGUUCUGCAUAAGUCUGCUCCAGCGGAAGUCGGACUUGGGGGCUUUUUCAUAGAGAGAGAGUUUGAACUACACUUCGAGACAUUGUGCAGUCAUUCGGAGGCCGACUUCGCGCGUGGAGUUGCAUAAACCAUAAACGCGUGGGUUGUUGCACAGUUUUUGUGCAGCUCAUUUUCGUGUCUUUGCACUGCACUCGAAGGACAUAAUUUCUACCCUGGACGUCUAGAGCGAGGACUGUGGAAAUGCGAGGAAAUAAAUAACUUGCAGGCAACAAUGUCAUGAACGGACUAUAUCAUUUUGAUUCUUUGAAAAUGCACUUGUAUUGGUUGGAACUGUGACCGCAUGAACAUACGAAUUUACCUGGGAAGUGUACGUAGUACGUUAAAGAGAUGCAACUUGCCGAAAUGUACUGGACAGGUAUGAAUAUGGCAUUUAUCUACCACGACUGAAAGAGGUUCGAUUUUAAAACAUCGCAACAAUUUUGCAGAGAUACUGGAGUCGUCAUGGCUGCGUUGCUCUUCGUUCUCGCUCUGUUUGCGACUUUUGCAGCUGGUCUAUUAGCCCAGGUCUCGACGGAUAGUCUACCACGUUUCGUCGUGGAGCCGCGAGACACGACAGUGCAAACCGGCCGUACGGCCCAGCUGGAGUGUCAGGUGUCGUCGCUGGCUGACAACCAAGCCGUGGCCUGGAUGAAGGAAGCCACUUUCCAGACCAGUGGCCGGUCCUUGCUGACCACCGACCCGGAGAAGUUGUCUCGGAUCACGGUGGAGGACGGCCAGUCCAAACCGGACUUGAAUUUCAACCUCUUUAUCCACAACGUGCGACCGGAGGAUGCCGGGGUGUACCACUGCUACGUUGUGGAAUUCAGGGAGCUAGAGAGGCGGUGGUCCCGGUCCAAACCGGCAAUGCUGACCGUCGUGGAUGUCUUGAGACCAUCCGUUCGCUGCCUGCGACCCACGGUUAGACAGCUAUCGGAUGCGGCCAGCCUGGACCAACCAGCACCGGUUGGAUGCACGGUGCUCAAUAACCAACCAGGUAUGGUCGUAAAACUGAGAAAUUCUCAUGGGGUUGUUUUAGUUGAGAGUGAGACAAAUCAAGCCGAGCCAUAUAAUUUGAGGUUUCAGAGGGGUGUGGCUGAAUUGAGGAUGGAGAGGAUGACUUGCUUGAUCGAGUUUAGGGAUGAAACGAGCCAGACCGGACAGGCUACUCGUAGUUGCUCCAUGGGACCAUUCAUAGAGCUACCACCUGCCGGAAACAGGACCCGUAUCACGGUAGACCUGGUGUCGGGAAGCGACGCUCACCUGUCAUGCCCCGCAAAUGAGGGGCACAGACGCGGCGACGCCGUACCGGGGACACCCUCAUGGAAACUGGAACCCCAGCUACCGGUAUCUCGGUACUCUCUCAGCCACGAUGGGAUUACGAUAGUUAUCUCCCAGGUAACAUCCCAGGAUGAGGGGUUAGUGGUUUCCUGCAAAGUGCCUAAUCCUGGAGGUGGGUACCGCGUGGUGGACAUGGAGGUCCGAGUCAGGAAUUCGGCAGUCACUAGAAGCAGGGCUGAUCACCCCGGACAACAGGUGCACGAGGCAGGUGGGAGCCGAGACCGCUCGGCGCCGAAGCCCGUCAUCGGUCAGGCAGCGUGGAGUGUUCUCCGAGGCCGAGUCAGCACCGGAAGGCUGAAGCCAGUGCCACCGUCAUCAAACCCCGGGCAGACCCCGGACAUCCACCGGGCGCCGGCCGGUGACAAUCCACCGAGAGCCACGCUGUCACUGACGGUACCGACAUCUCGGAAUCCCGUCCAGGACCCCGAUAAAAACGGAACAUCAACAUCUUCGGCGCCUACCAAAGACCCCUCGCCGUCCGAGAGUACAGCGACCCCAGUGACCGACCCAUCCUCUUCAACUCUAAGCCCGCUGAUCAUUGUGGCUCUGUGCGAGGCUGGGAUGAGCCUGGUGAUCCUAGUCAUAGCCUUCGCCGUUCUGUGCCAGUGCUGCUGCCGAAACCAGACUAAGACAAAAGUCCGCGGAGACAAGGAUCUCACCUUAGCGUCAGCGUCGUUCGGCAAGCAGUCCACCACGCCGACGCUGAUCAACUACAAGUCCACCGCGGGACCGGGAGUUCCCAGCCCGGAUCUGUCUCAGAAGAAGCUACCACCCUUGCCGACGGAGCCCAUCUACGCCCGGCCGGAGAGCGUACUCGGCGGGAAGAAGCUCCUGCGGGAGUCGGACCUUCCGCCUACCGGGAGCUGGGUGUUCUCGUCGGUGAACUCCGAGAACGGCGAGGCCGAGACGAACACGAGGGAAGCGGGCAACGAAAUUUACGUCACGAUGGUGUAGCCCAGGCUUAAACCCCACUUGGGAAAGAAAACUCGUCAGCGGUAGUCAGUAACCAUUAAAAAAAUGUGCCUUCAACGGUGUUGUAGACAUGGUACUUGUGAAGAAUCGCAAGUAUACCACAAGUCAGUUCACAAAUAUCAAGGGACGGAUGACAAGCAACAAAGAAAAUACAUAUUUUGUUUAUUUUUGAAUAGCUAAUGUGACUUGGGACUAAAUGGCUUGUGAUGGACUUGCGAUGACUUGUGCUCACUUACGAGUACCUUGACUUCAACAUUCCUUUGAAAUAUUAUGUUGUAGAUGCUUUAAAGGUGGAAAUGAUGAAAUGCUCUUUAAAACCCGAUGCUGUAAAGGCCAACACUGGUUUAUCCCAGAGAUGACCAAAUGUGGAUGAAAUAAACCUUUCAAAACCUUGCGAAGUUUUGGGAUAUUACUGCCACCAUAAAAAUCUUUCCCGGGUUUUUAAAGUGUAUUUUCGUCGUUUUACAUCUUUGUAAAUUAAAGUCUUUGCAAAGCCAUUAAUGUAUUGGUUUCUCAAGGCACAUAUUUAAAUAAGAAAUGUACGACAGCCGCUUGUAACCAAACUAAAUUGUACUCCUAUGAACAAUGUACAAAAAAUAGUGUCUCUUUAUGAAAUGCUAGCAGUUUUGAGGUACAAUGUUAAUGUCUGCUCUAAGCGACUGCAACAAGGCUACCAUUUUGGUGUCUGACGCCACGCCACGCAAUUCCUAUUUUGUAAAAAAAUGACAACAUUUCUAUAGAAGCAAUUUGACAGGAAGCUCGAUCCUAUAACGCACUCACAAUCAAGUGGGAUAUUCCAUAAUAUUUCGGUUGUCCGAUUGUUUCAAUGGUUCCAAAUGGCGUUCAUUGCCCUUAACCCCUUCAAGUUGCCAAUGAUUGCCAGCUUGGCCCCUGUUUCACCUAAGUCAAGUCAAAAAAGGUCACUCCAUACUCACCAUGCAGUAGGCCUAUAAUAAUCUUCGAAACAUAAUCCCUAGCUUAUCCAAAGGCCGGCAUAUUCUGAACAGCUCACUUUUCAGCGAGUUAUAUUUGGGACAGGCCUGUAUGAAUCACCGAUUGCAGAAAUCCCCAUCGUAAAUCGAGGUUGAUGUAGUGACGUGAUCGGUCCAGGGCCCGACCUCGCCAAAUCCAGUCGAUAUCAGAUUUUCUUUCUUAUUUACACUGCCACGCCUUUCUCGUGAUGUAUUACAAGUUUUAUCUUACCGGACCAAUACUAAAGCUGUCACGCGUGCAUUUCUUGAUUUAGGUAAAUUUAUGGGCGGAUUGGCGUAGGUCUAUAUUUUAAGCUUGAUUAAAAAGGGAAGUUCACAUUUCCGUGUUUUGCUGUUGGUGUACUGCCCGAGUGGUCAGUUAGAUAGAGAGAAACGCGACAUGCGAUAGGCGACAAAAAGUAAAAGAGCAAUGAAAUAAGUCGGUUUGGUAUCACAACUGCGAAUGCGCACGUCACGGUUUUAGCCAAUUUUUUUGCAUCGGGUUAAACAUAGAGAAUGUGUUCACGAAUAUAUAGGCGUAAGACAAAUAAAGUUGCAAUUUCCGAUUUUCAUUUAUUUAAACGGAGAUGGAGCUAAUACUUUUUAUCACGGUUUCUGAAUUUGCAUGGCUGUCUGAAAUUUCAAGGUUUUCUAAAUGUUGUACUUACUUCAGAACAAGAUUCUCCAAAUUUCAUUUUUUACUCCUUAUGAUUUGAUAGCACACGAGAAACCGAUUGUUCAUUCCCUAAAGGCCUAUACAAAAAAACAUUUUAUUGAGCUACGUAACCCAUAAAACAAAAUCGUAUAACUCUCUUCGUAAUAAUUCAGAUCUCAACUCAUUAAGUAACGCGAUUUUCCGGCUUGUUAAAACCCUCAAAUAUCACAGGAAGUGUACUUUACUAACUUUUGUAUCCUGUAAACUCAAUUAAAUUUUCGCUGUCAAACUACUUUUUUUUUUUACCAAACCUAAACGUAUAAUUCUUUUUUGACGAGAAGGAAAGAAGUUUUACUGAGUUUUCCACGUAUUUUUAAUUAUAACCAGCUGGAAGAGAAAUUACUUAUAAUUUCUUAAGCUCUUCAAAUUUCCAUGUUUGGGGUAAGAUAAACGCAAAGGUCGGCCGGGGUCAGCGAUCUUCCAAUAUUAAGGUCUAUUUUGGUUCAAUCGAUGCUAUGCGGCACGUAUUACGGAUACGCGUAAUUACAAGGUUGGGGGCGAUGGCGCGCUACAGUUGAGCAACCGUUUCAGCGCGGACAGAAAUAGGAGAACACACAUUAUUAGGCUUAAAGACAUAAAAGCAAAAGACUGCAUAAGUCAGAAGAAAACAGAUAGUUCAAGAAUGUUUAAAAGCAGAUGAUGAUUUCACAAAAAAUAUUAGGUCAUCACGCAUGAGUGAUGAACACAAGAUUAUAUUCCAGAUACUGCAGGGAUACAGACGCAAAAGGGUGCUGUUUAGUGGGAUACAACGAAAAAAGUAAACACACUCUGAAAUAAAUAAAUUGAAGUAAAAUAUGUGUACUUUAGGAAAGUGACUGACCUAUAUAGCAGCAUUUUGUCAUUAACGAAGCCAACCACCAUAAUAAUGUAGUCCCCUACUGGCAGUUGUCAACUCCUCCAAAUGAGACUUUUAAGACGCAUGGUGGUAGUAUAUUAAACACACCGGUCCUUUUCAUGAUGUGCGCAUGUUCAAAAUGACGUAAACAAUAGCCAAGGACCGGUUUGUUUGCUGCCACCAAGUGUC